ACUAAUGAAUGGCUUAUUUUUUAUGAUAAAAAUGGUAAAAAUAGUGUUUUGACAAUUUACUCGGGAAUAAUUAAACAUGGAUUUGAUCCAGUUCACUUACAAAUGACAUCAAACCAAGCAAUUAAAUUUCAUCGUACAAUCCAUAUACGAGUAGCUCAACUUAACCGUCGCUACAUGUUUUGCUGUCUCUUCCUUGCAACUGUCUACUACUCCGUACUACUCUCCAAUCCACACUUUUAUCUGGUCAAACAGUUUCGACUUUACAGUUUGGCCUGGAGUAUAGUCGCUGUUAUUGUCGCCUUUACCGUGGCUGGAAAAUAUUUUGCUAUUAUUGGUUAUCUAACUUUAAUUCAAGUGUAUUACCUUUUUAGGUUGCGAUCAGCGGUAGAGUUGGCAGAUUCCUAUCGACGGUUGAAAUGUACUGAUGAACUUGCUUCAACCUUCAUCAAGCACACAUUUGAAUGUCUCAACCAAUCUGAAAAGUGGGUUAAAUCAACUGGUGAUUUUGUACUUUGUGUGUUCACUUGCGUUACCAUGAUUUGUGAUCUGUUUAUAUUUUAUGGUUUCAUCAUUCGUUUUCAUUCACCGCUAUUCGCUAAUUCGCUUGCUUCUAUUGGUUGCAUUGUUUUCAGCGUUAUUGGUUACCUCUCAUUAAUUGCACGAGAAUUCAUAAUCAAAAUAGAGCGUUUAUGUUCACAUAUUCAUUCAGUUAGUCGAUGCAAUGUUUUCAAUGUCUACAAUCAUUUUAAGCUUUUACAAUUGAUGGAACGAUUAUCCGAACCCAAAAUCGGCAUUCAGUUGGGUCCAAUAGCAACAAUUGGAAAGGAUUUCUUAAUAAGAUUUAUGUUGGAAAUCGGUUCAUCUUUAAUGCUGUUUACUUUGAACUUCAAGCGAUUUUUCUGAACAUUGGAAACGAUUAGAAAUCAAUCGAUUAUGGUGGAUACGAUUUCCUAG